AUGGUAACGACCAGACUCCAAGCUAAGACGAAGCCUAAACGCGUCAGAUUCGCCGAUGAAACCUCGGUGACAGGUGAAGAAGACGCGACGCAGCGAGAGGAAGCCAACGGUGUGCCGACAGAGGACUCGGUCCGUCUAGAAACAGAGUUAUCAAGAGUAACGGCACCCAACGGUACGACUCCCACGUUGCCUGACGCGGAGGACGUGGACCCCCUAACGGUCCAAAGAGAACGUCGAAGAAGGAUCGCGACUGCUCAGGACGAGGAGUUACGGGAUUUGAAGACAGUUCUCCGCGGGGGAGAAUCAACCCUAACGUACCGUGCAGCGAGAGACGCGUGGAAAAUGUGCGAUCACUUCGUCCUAAGUGAGGACGAUGCGCUUUACUAUGUGGGAACGAGGCCUCUGAGAGGUGACCAACAGCAAGAGGACGCGAUGCUGCGCCUAGUAGUACCCUCAACGAUGAUUCAAGAAGUACUACAGAACUGCCACGACUCAUUAGAAGGAGGCCAUCAAGGGAUCGCUCGGACCUUCUACAGAGUGAAGUUGGACUAUUACUGGACCGGUCUAUACGCAGACGUGGCGAGACACGUGCGGUCCUGUCCCGACUGUCAAGCAAAAGCCGACCGAGGAUCCGUGGAUACUCUCCGGGGAACAUACUAG